AUGCAACCAGAAUCUGGUUUGUUUGGCAAUGGCUUUCACGCUGGUCCAAAUACAACCCUCUCUCCUCCCACCACCACCGUCGUCGCUCCACGUAACCACCCCCCUCACGUUGUGAGUGCCCGCCAUGGGCUAAGCAACGUGAGGGGGCUCACAUCGACCACCACGCCACUCACCCGAGAUCCAGCAAUGUCGCCAACACGACAAUGCUGUGCCACGUCACCAUGGCACACGAACCAGGUGCCACGUCCACCCAUAGCUGUAAGACUAUGCCUUGUAUAUUGGACUAAUCCACCCAUACCUAUUGCAUAG